UCCGACUGUGUGGCACUGUCGCGAGCGGAGCAGUCGUGCAGGCUCCGCCAUGAUGAGCAGUGGAGGAAUCGGGGUGCCGCUAGGCUUCCCCUUGGGCCCCACGUCUGUCAUCCAGAUCACGAACCUCUCCUCGGCUGUGACAAGUGAGCAGAUGCGGACUCUCUUCAGCUUCCUGGGAGAUAUCGAGGAGCUGCGCCUCUAUCCCCCGGACAAUGCACCUCUUACUUUUUCCUCCAAAGUAUGUUAUAUUAAGUUUCGUGAAGCUUCAAGUGUUGGUGUGGCCCAGCAUCUAACUAACACGGUUUUUAUUGACAGAGCUUUGAUAGUUGUGCCCUGCGCAGAAGGUAAAAUCCCAGAUGAAGCCAAAGCCCUUUCUCUAUUGGCACCUGCUCCUACUAUGACAAGUCUGAUGCCCGGUGCAGGGUUGCUUCCUAUACCUACACCAACCCCUUUGACUACACUUGGUGUUUCACUUGGCACUUUGGGGGCUAUACCGGUAGCAGCACUGGACCCUAACAUUACAACACUGGCAGAAAUACCACAGCCACCAAUUAUGGGGAAUGUGGACCCAUCCAAGAUUGAUGAAAUUAGAAGAACAGUCUACGUUGGAAACUUGAAUUCACAGACUACAACAGCAGAUCAGCUGCUUGAAUUUUUUAAGCAAGUCGGAGAAGUAAAAUUUGUGCGAAUGGCAGGUGAUGAGACACAACCAACACGAUUUGCUUUUGUGGAAUUUGCAGACCAAAAUUCUGUACCUCGAGCUCUUGCCUUUAAUGGAGUUAUGUUUGGAGACAGGCCACUGAAAAUAAAUCACUCCAAUAAUGCAAUAGUGAAGCCUCCUGAAAUGACACCACAAGCUGCUGCCAAGGAACUGGAAGAAGUGAUGAAGAGAGUAAGGGAAGCCCAAUCUUUCAUAUCUGCUGCUAUUGAGCCAGAGUCUAGAAAGAGCAGUGAAAGAAAAGGUGGUCAAUCUCGUUCCCAUUCUCGUUCAGAAUCCAGGUCUAGCUCAAAAUCCCAAUAUAGAAGGAAAAGAUCUCGUUCAAAACACAGAAGUAGAUCUGGUAACAGAUCACUCUCAAGACAUAAGGACAGACGCAGAUCCAGAAGUCCCCUGAAAAAACUGUCUAGAUCUAGGGAAAGGUGGAGAUCAAGAAGUCACUCUCAUUCUCGGGACAAGAAAAGAGACAAAGAAAAGGUCAAGGAAAAAGAAAAGACCAAAGAAAAGGAGAGAGACCAAGACAAAGAGAAGGCAAGAAAUUGGAACAGAGACAAAGAAAAGGAAAGAGUGCGAGAUAAAGAGAGAAACAGGGAUAAGGAUGAGGAGAAGGACCAGGAGAGAGAGAAAGAGCGGCAUAAAGAUCGAGAGAGAGAUAGAGACAAGGACAAGGACAGGGAAAAGAAUAAAGAGAAGAAGAAGGAAAAAGACACAGAAGCAGUAGACCAGAACAAGGAAAAAGAUGAUGUUGCGAAUGAGGGGGAGAAGGAUAGAGAGAAGAUUAAGGAGGGAGAUAAGGACAGAGGGGAAAAAGAGGACAAAGCAAAGGAGAAAGAUGAGAAGAAAGAGAAGAAGGAGCAAGAAAGAGAAAAAGAGAGAGAUGAUAAAAAAAAGAAAGACAAGAGAUCCAGAACACCCCCAAGAAGCUAUAGCUCUUCAAGAAGAUCUCGUAGUUCCAGCAGAGAAAGGCGUAAAAGGAAGAGUAGAAGUCUCUCCAAGUCUCCUAAAACGACCAAAAAAAGGUCUUCACAAACUCCUUCUCCGAGAAGAAACAAGAAAGAGAAAAAAAGAGAAAGAGAUACAAAUAAUGAAAGAAGAAAAAAGGACUACUUCAAGAAAAAAAAUAGUAGUGAAAAAGAGGGAAAGGAGAAAUCUGACAAAAGCACCACUAUGAAGGACAAAGAUCACACUGAAGAGGAUCAGAAUUCAGAAACUGACAAGGAAGUUCGCAAUAGAUAUACAGAAAGGAUUGGUGAAGUCAAACUACAACAGAAUGGGAACUGUUGACCAAAUGACAAAAACCUCUUGAUUAAAAUGGAGGAGGUUUAAAGCAAAAAAUGGACCUCUGACUCAACUAAGGGAUGAAAUCUGAAGGUUUUUAUUUCCAAGAACAACAAAGAAAAUAUCAAAGUAAUCACCCUGAACAUGGUGAUAGUACUAGUAGUUCUUUCAAUUCUAGUGACAGCUCUGUCAAUUUCUUGCUGUAAAGCAAGAGAACACAGACCAGUAGUUAUACUCUGAAAAAGCAGAUGACAUCAGAACUAUUAAUGUCUGAAAAUCCAUGGAUCUCCAUGAUAGCUGUACUUACUUGUAAAAUGAUUUAUGUUGAGUUUUGCCAUUUUCUCUUACAAAUAAGUAGAAACUGAAAGACGUAAACCUGUACUAUCAAUAAAAAAGCU